AUGUCGCGUAAUCAGCUUGUCUUCCACGAUGACAUUUUAGGAUCCAAAUUGGACCACGAAUUGAUUCGAAAUCCACCCUACGAAUUAACCUUGACCAUAGAAGAACUCACCAAACCUUCCAACAGAAAGAGGGGGGAACAUGAUUCCCUCGAGUUAAAGGUUCCGAGACCACCCAAUGGAUAUAUCCUCUAUCGUAAGGACUUCUGGGCAAGAAUUAAACUUGCACAACCGAAUCUAAGAGUUCAGGACGUAUCCAAGAUGUCAGCACAGCAAUGGGAAAAAGAGAGUUGCAGGGUUAAAUUAUUUUUCAAGAUUCUGGCAGAAAUACAAGGAGAGAAUCAUAAUCGAAAAUACCCGGGGUAUAAGUAUAACCCCAAAAACAACCGAGGUAACGAUAAAAAACGCAGACACCCCCGACCCAAAUCGAAAAAGCAAAUUGGUCAAGACACCAACAAAUCGCUCGACCUCACGAGCUUCUCGCAGCCUUUCGAAGCUUUCGACUUGCGAUCUCUCGAUCUCUCCGACUCACUAAUUUGCGACGCACUUCCGACGACGACUCCACCGGAAUCAUCAUCUUUCGAAGUACAUCAACGCUCCGCACCCCAAUAUUUUGUUUCCCCUAGGGAUGAUAAUUCCGAUGUCGGUAUGCGAUGCGAUCUUUCCUUGUACACGCCUCUCAUUCUCGACCUACCGAAUCACGAUUUCUAUCCAAAUCUCGCCAUUGAUAGUAUCAAUGCAGUCCAGCCGCAAUUAAUGUUCACAGAUUCACCUACUCUUCUUUUAAGUUCGCCCGUCGUGACUUCGAGCACGGAUGAAGUAAAUUAUCAUGAUGACAAUUACCAUUCUUGUCUCAUCGGUUCGCACCUUCAAAUAAAUGACGUGGGUAUCGCGCACACCAAUGAUAAUCCCUUGCAAUAUGAUCCUUUAACCCCGUGCGUUCUUGACGCCGACGCGUUGUACAACCUUGACAUACAAUAUAAUGAUUGGCCAGGAAAUUAUUAA